AUCAGCAGGGCGAGGGGCCAUUCAGGAGCUCCCUCGAGCAGGGGAGCAGACAUGGCCCAGAUGCUCACCUAUAUUUUGCUUGUGCUUCUCGCGGCCCUGGCUGGAGCGGCAGAGGACUCUCGUGUAGUCGUCCUGAAGAAUUCACGGGGCGCAGAGGCGCAUAUGCUGCCCACGGGCGCCUGUAUCGCCAAACUCCUGGUCCCGGACCGUUCUGGAGAGCUUGCAGACGUGCUGCUGGGGCUGGAGAAUGAGGAUCAGCUCCGGAGCGGGCUGCUGAAGUCCGGCUGCAUCGUGGGCCGCGUGGGAGGCAUCAUCUCUGGCGCGCAGUUUGAGCUGGAUGGCAAGACGUACAAGCUGGAGGCCAACACCGACAAGGGCCGCUCCACGCUGCACAGCGGCAACGUGGGCUUCCAUCGCAUGGAGUGGGUGGUGGAGGAGGCAGACCUGGAGGGACCCGAGCCCUGGGUGCGCCUCAGCUACACCAGCGGCGACGGCGAGCAGGGCUUCCCCGGCGGGCUCUACCUGCAGGUCACGUACAAGCUGACUGCCAACAAUGAGCUUGUGCACGACAUCCGUGCCACCGCUGACGCGCCCACGCCCCUCAACCCCUUCUCUGUCCCCUACUUCAACCUCGGCGGCCACAGCAGCGGCGACGUUCUGGAUCACCACCUGACCAUCAACGCCGACUAUUUCAUGCCCACAGAUGCGGGCGCCAACCCCACGGGCAAGGUGGCCGCCGUGGCGGGCACGCCGCUCGACUUCCGGGCGCCGCUGGCGAUCGGGGAGGGCCUCGAGAAGCAAGCAGGGGUGGAUGCCAGCGCGGCACGGCGGCGGCUGAGCGGCGCGCUGCAGCUGGCCACAGACGCCCCCGCAGCAGGCUUCCGCGAGACCUUUGCCCUGUUUGGGCUGGGCCCGGAUGCCAAGCAGGCGGUGCAGGGCUUCACCGCCAGCGAACAGCCCCAGCUGGCUGCCACGCUGUACCACCCUGCCUCUGGCCGCAAGCUGGAAAUCCUCACCAACACCCCCGCCUUUGCCAUCUACACAGGCAACUCUCUGAAGGGCAAGUUUGCGGGCAAGGGCGGCGCUGUGUACGGCAAGCACGCGGGCGUGGCCCUGCAGACGGUCAUGUUUCCGGAUGCUGUCAACCAACCAAACUUCCCCUCCACCAUCCUGCGCCCCGGCCAGCAGUUCCACACCCAGACCGUGUGGCGCUUCUCCGCCGCCUGAGCCGCUCGCCAUGUGCCUGGUUGCGCGUGGUUGUUGUUCCUGCCCAUGUUGGUCCCUGGGCAGUUUGCAGCGAUUCAUUGAUCCCCGAUAGCGUCUUUACUGAUGAUUGCUGAUGUCCGUGCAGUGCAGCUGGUCCUGCCUUUCAUGCUUCACCGCACUCUCUCAUCCGUUCUCGAUGCCUCAUCAACAGUGUCAGUGCCGCGCUUGCACGACUUGUAAAUCAGCCGUAAGCCC